CUGCAUCGUCUGGCCAUCCAUACUUUCCGGAAGGCUGCUGACAGGUGGACGCCCGUGCAGCUCGGUUACUGAGGUGGUAACACAGCGGCAGAACCACGCCUUUGAUGCCGUGUAUGGGGCGACUGAUGAGGAGAUCUCAGCCGUUGAUGGCAUUCUGGUAGUGGGUGGCGACGGUUUGUUUAACGAGGUGUUGAACGGGCUAGCCAAGAGGCGGCACCACGCCCCCCCAUGCAUCCACCCCUCUCGCCUCUCCUCUGCACGCCUCUCCCUCCCUCCCUCCUCCCCUCUCUCUUCCACACCACCCCCACUCGCCUCUACUGCCUCGCCUGCUGCUCGUUCCUCUGCUACUCCAUCCUCUGUUAAGUCAUCCCCACCCACUUCAACAGAUGAUGCUGGUGGUGCUGUUCCUACUGGUGGCGCUGCUGCUGCCCCUCCUGUUGCUGCUGUUGCUGCUACCGAUGAUGUGACCGCUGCUGCAACUGAGGGUCUGUUUGCAAAUCUGGGAGCACGGAGUGAUGGAGGGCAGAGCAGCGAGGAGGAUGGAGAAAGGGAUGAAGCUAGGGGGUGUGGGAAUGCGGUCGAAGGGACAAUUGAGCCAGACACACAGUUAGGAGCAGGGGCAGAGCCAGGGACAGCUGAGUGUGUGAAGGUGGGGCUCCAUCUGCCACACGCUCUGCGCAUUGGCAUCAUCCCUGCCGGGUCUACGGACUGCAUCAUCAUGAGUGUGACAGGCUCGCGUGACCCCACCACCGCAGCACUGCAUGUGUUCUGGGGCACCUGGUACCACAUGCCGCCAACCUUCCCCCAUCUUUCCCCCCGUGCCGCCAUCUUCUCCAUGCGUCCAAUCCGCCCUCCUCCCCGUCCCAGUGUGACAGGCUCACGCGACCCCACCACUGCAGCGCUGCACGUGGUUCUGGGGCACCGCAUGCCUCUGGACGUGGCGAGAAUCACCACCUGGAAGGAAGGCGAGCAGCCCGGGCAGGAGGACGAGCGCUCAGGGAAGGAAGUCGGGCAAUCAGCGGAGGAGAAAGGGACACAGCAUAUUUCCACAGAGGCACAGGGGCAAUGGAAAGAGGGGCAGCAGGCAGAAAUGGGUGAAGAAAAUGGGGGCAGUGGAGGCAGGGAGGAGGGGGGUGACGGAGACGAGGAGCAUGUGAGAGAGGGAGAUGCGGCUGGGGAUGGGAGAGCGAUGGCAGGCCGAGCUGGGAGGGAAACAGAAGGGGAUAAGGCAAAGGCAGAAGAGGAGGAGGAGGAGAAAGAGGGUGUGGAGGUCCGCUAUGCAGCCUCCUUCUUUGGCUACGGAUUCUACGGCGAUGUGAUUCGCCGCAGCGAGGGGCUCAGAUGGAUGGGGCCAGCUAGAUACGACUAUGCUGGGCUCAUGACGUACCUGCACCACAGGUCGUACGAUGCUGAGGUGUCCUACUUUGAUGUGCACUCCUCUGCUGGGCCAGUCCCAAGACCUGCAAUCCAAGCAUCCCCUGUCCAAGCAGCAGGGUUGGACGCAUCCCCAUUCGCAGCAGCAGGGUCGGAAGCAUCUGCAGUCCCAGCAGCAGCAGUGUUGGGAGAAUCCCCAUCUCAAGGCGUUCUCGCAUCACCACUGGAACCGGGGCCGGUGAGGGGGCUAGAACGGAGCUUCACGGAGCAGCUUCCUAGAACGCCCGGACUGGACGAGGAGGAUGAAGAGGAGGAGGUUGGGGAGGUGGUGGAGGAGGUGGUGGAGGAGGGUGGGGAGGAGGGACAGGUGGGAGGAGAGGGAUUGGGAGAGGAUGGAGAGGGGAAGGGAGAGGAUGAAGGGAUGCCGCUGCAGGCUGUGGAGUGGAAUGGAAAGCUGCGGCGCCGCACCUUCAGCAGUCCCAUGCUGGUGAAGACACGCACCGACCUCUCACAACUCGCUCGCUCCUCCCACAGCCAACUGACUCUGGACAGCUCAGCUCUCGACCCGACCCAGGCCCUUCACAACCAAUCGGGUGCUGCCACAUCAGCACCUGUGCUUCUGGUUGGGCAGGAGGCGGUAUCAGAGAAGGGGCAGCAGAGGGGAGGAGCUGGACAUGCUCUGGGAGGGACAGAAGGGCAGGGCGAGGGGCUGAGGCCCUGUUGGAGGACGGUGCGAGGAAAGUUCCACAGCGUGGGGGCGGCAGUGAUGUCGUGUCGCAAUGACAAGGCGCCAGAUGGCGUCGCGGCACAGGCCCACCUGGCGGACGGCAAUCUGCAUCUCAUCCUCAUCCGCAAGUGCUCUCGCCCCGAAUACCUGCAGUAA